GGCUGACACUCGGACUUUGAGCGUCGGGGCCUGAGGUCAACACGGGACGAGCGACAUCGCCUGGCCGUGAGUCCUCGCGAUAGCUGAGUUCCGUCCCAACAUAGCUUGGCCAGCUGGCUUGCAAGGAUGCUUGCAGAAUAGCGAGUCAUGUAUACGCUCGCUACAACCGUAAUUUCCGCUGACCGCUGUAUCGAUCCGUCCUGCCAUACCUGACUCAAGAACGGACGCUGUCAUGGAGCUGCGCGGAUUUACCUCCACGUAGCAUGCAUCGCUGGACAGACACGUCGCUGGCAUCAUUCGCCGACACGGCUGCCUCUCCGCAGGGCUGAUCAUCGGCCUCAUGUGGACUCGAUUUCCCGGAGAUGUGAUCUCGCCGAACAGAUGUCUGGGCGAUACCACCGCAUGUGUCCAUAAACACUGUCUUGACCAGCGCUGUCCGCCUUAUGUCUCACGGAAUAUCAGUCUAGAAGACGGCCCAAGGUACAGCCCUUCAAUACAGCCGACGCCAUGUUCGCGACCGCUCCUCUCGUCGAACGCGACGGUCCAGUAUGGCAAGAGUGGCUCGCGUUUUUCUCUUAUUUUCUUCAUCCCUCGCCCUCGAGGAAUCCGUACAGUCGCACCAUCGACACCACCCUCACCCUCGUCUUCAUCAUGUGCAUCGACGGCAACAGCGGGCCCCUCUCCAUCCGCUACGUCACCGCCCAGCUCGAGGCCCUCUGGCGCAAUGCGAACGACUGCGCCCCGCAUGCGGCCCACUACGACUACAAGUCGAACGAGUACGAGAGCACGCGGUACAUCCGGGCCCUGCGCGAGUUCCACUUCCUCACCAGGCGUGCCACUACCGGCCUGCGCGAGGACGACCUGUUCUUCUCGGCCAAGUUCGCGAUGCCGGAGCUCAAGUUCCUGUGCAACCACACGGUCUUCCUUCGCCUGAACAUCGAGUCGGGCCACCUGAACUUGUCCUACAAGGACUCGGCGAAGCUGAGCGCACGCGCCGAUCACUCGAAGAACAUUGCGUUGAAGGGCGUCGAGGUUGUGUUCGCGCUUCCGAUUCUGCGGAGCAACAUCAGCGGACGCGACGAAAAGAUCGGCAACCUGGGUGCCAGGCACCUCAUCCAGAUGAUGAUCUUCGCUCUCGACCAGGAGAAGUUUGUGAGGUUCACGCUGGGCGACAACAAGCUGAGCGAUGACGCCAAGGAGGCGUUCCAAUUCUACCUGAAGCACUACUUGCUCUUCCUGCAGACGUCGGGCAACCAUUCGGUUCUCCGGACGGAGAGCACGGAUGAGCUGCGGCAGCUGAUCCGGAAGGACAUCAGGAUCUUCGACAAGGUUGACCCGGCACUGAUCGCGCAGUUCUACCAGAUGCACUGGCAGAAUGCGUGUGGCAAGCGGAAUGGACCGGCAUGGGGCAAGCUCGAUCUGUGUCUGGCGACGAUCUGCAGCGACUGGAUCAACGGAUGUUCGCUGGAGAACACCCACUUCUUCAUCAACUUCCACUCUCCGACGGUCGAGCCUCUGUGCAACCAGGAGGUGAUCAUCAAGUUCCACAUCAAGGAGCUCGGGUUCUUCGAGAAGGCUGGCAUCGAUGAGACUGUGAACCCGAAGGUGGACCUCUCCGAUCAGCAAUGGCAGUUUGCUUUCAUUGUUAAGUGCGUCAAGGCCGAAGGCCUCGGCGUUGUGACCUUGGACCUCGACACUGCACGCUUCUCUCGCUUUGACUCGUUUUUCGGCAAGGGCGAGCCCAUCGAGCAGACUAAGCACUACAUCGACCUCAUGAUCAAGUUCUUCUCCCACGACUACAUCGACAUCCUCGCCCGCUUCAGCCUCCACAUCAUCCUCGGCCUGCCCCUCUCGCCGGAUAACUCCGGCAGGGACUACGCGGCAGAGUGGACGGAGACGGAGGAGAACGAGGGUGACCACUUCGCCAGGAAGCACACGCACGCGAUGAUGUGGUCUGAGCGGAUCCAGAACACGGCAAUCUACCCUGGCUGCCACGAGGUCGUUGCACUCUCGGAGGAAACCAUUAACCGGGUCCUGCGGAGCCGAUUGGAGACGGUGCGGGAGUGGCAGAUCGGCAAGCUUUUCUCGAUCAACAUCCUGGACCUGAAGGUCCGGCUGCUGACGAGCGGCAAGGCGAUUAUCUACAUCCAAGCGAACGGCAUGAUUUCGGUCCGCAAGAGGGAGAAGUCGCUCAAGUGGUGGACGAGGCUGUUCUGGUUGCGUCCGCAGCCGACAGACCAGCUCGACAGCGUCGACUUCGAGGCCGUCACGCUCGCAUACGAGGUCGACAUCUCCAAGGUCCCGCACGAUUUCCUCAUCGUCGAGGUCGACACCGUCGUCAAGGACUACUACGAGACCUGGACACACCACUUCUGGAACUGGCUCUGCAGCCACACCCGCCACACGCACACCGAGGCGACGACUGUCGAGAAGCAGGCCGUUCAUCUCAUGCACUUUGCAUUGAACUUCAAGAGCGCUCGCUACGUCGAAGAGCUCUCUAACGUCACUGACCUCGGCACCGACGACACCUCGCUCGAGAAGCUCAACACCAUCAGGCAGUACAUCCCCGAGUACCUCGCCGCCCUCACCCACUACGGCCACAACAUCCUCCACACUGUUCCCAUCUGCAAGCUCCCGCGCACCGAUGAGCCUCUGGACCUGUUCGCGUUCACCGACGUUGACUACCGUGUGCUCACCAAGAAGGAGAUCACCAUUGACACUUGCCUCAACUUCGAGACCCUUGAGACCGAGAUCCCGCUCGUCGUCAUCUACGGCGUCACUGGCGGCGCCAAAAUGCCGACGUUCAGUGGCAAGUGGGCUGCCGGCUGGCAGGCUGUUGGCCGUGAGUCUGUCGGCACGCUGGGCCUGUCGCGUGAGAUCUUCCUGCAGCGGUACAUCCUCGACCAGCUUAAGACUGUCAACGCUAUGACGACGAUCGUCCCCAAGAACGUCGAUGUCGUCGACGAUGUUUGGCACGUUGAUCUCACGACAUGGUACCUGCACCCGACGCGGAACCAGUCCAAGGUUGGGUGCCAGUGGAAGCCAGUUAAGGUUGACUCUCUCGAUUUUAUGGAGUACGAGUGGAAGUACCGCGACGAGUGGAACCACGAGCAUGAGGGCCACCACGAGGACACGGCCAACGGCGAAUACUACCUUCACUGCAACACAAAGAACACGCUCAUCGUCCCAACUAUGUUCGACCCCAAGGGAGUUGAGCUCGAUCUCCGCGGAGAGACCAUCGUCAAGGUUGGUGGCAAGCACAACGGCCAGAAGUGGAGCCGUUCUACCAUCGGUACCUGGGGCGCCAAGAUCAAGCUCGACACCUCCAACGGCCUCAAGAUCGUCGUCGACCGCAUUCCCAUUCAGGUCAAGCCGGCUGCUGAGACCUGCACCGACGAGUGGACGUUCGACCCUAGCACCAUCCACCUCCAGAACUUGUCACUCAAGAGCGACGCCCUCGACGCGCUCGUCAUCGGACAGCUUCGCUUCCUCCUCGAGUCGUCCUGGGAGUACUGUGUCAUGGGCAUCCAGUCCAUCAAGCUUCGCGCGCCCGUCAUCACUCGUGCCGGUGACCUUAUCUGCGAGCUCGACCUCGACAAGGACAUGGUUCGUCCUCCGAUGCUGGAAGUUGCGGAGUGGGUUAAGUACAGGACGAGGUGGUACUCCGAGUGGGUCGAGAACGGCAGGCUGAAGGCGUGGGGCUACGGUCAGGUCCGCGGCGAGUACACGGUCGACAAGGACGGCAAGGUCGACACCACGCCGAUAGCCGACCGCGGCGUCCCCAAGCCCAACGGCGCUGCCAACAAGGCGGUCGAUCCCGCUCCUGCUCCCGCUAAGGCUGCGGCUCCAGCCCCGGCUCCAGCUAAGGCGGCAGAUCCCACUCCCGCUCCAGCGCCAGCUAAGGCAGCAGAUCCCACUCCCGCUCCGGCGCCAGCUAAGGCUGCGGCCCCGGCCCCAGCCCCAGCCCCGGCGAAGCCUGCAGAUGCCAGCAAGGACUCCGCGACGGCCCCUGCUAACGGCGCCGCUGGAACUAACGGCACCGCCGCUCCUCAGCCUGCUCCUGAACCGGCGAAGGCCACCGCAUGAGCAGCACCUUCCGAGGGCGUCUGACUCUGUAGCAUGAGCAACCAGACUCGAUGGUUUGUUCCUAUGUCCGGCCACUGUCUUUCUACCUAUGUUGUCUGUUGUACUGCUGUUCUAUACGAUAUGUCUGUGUCUAUAUGCAUAAUUUCUCCUCGCAC